AUGGCGAGAUCAAGGAGCCCGUACCUCACCCGCUUCCUAUCCGACUUCACCCUCGGCUUCUCAGAUGGCCUCACCGUUCCCUUUGCCCUUACGGCCGGGCUGAGCUCCCUGGGCCGCGCCGACACGGUCAUCUCCGCCGGCCUCGCUGAGCUCUGCGCCGGGAGCAUCAGCAUGGGCAUUGGCGGCUACCUGGCUGCCCUGGACGAGCUGCCCUCGGCGUCGAGCCAGCACGGCAAACGCUCGCGCAGCGAUGUUGCGGGUGACGAGGAGGAGCUGAGGGGGAUGCUCCAUGACGGGAGCACGGGCUCUACAAGCGUGGCGAGCGAUGGCGACAGCACGCGCGAGAGCAUGGAUGAGAAGGAGCGGGGUUCCGAAGUGCGCGACGAAGACCUUGUGCGCCAGCAUCUAGAGCCGCUGGCGCUCUCAGACUCAAUCAUGUCAGAAAUGCUGGAAUCUCUGAGAAGGAGCCCCGACGACCUCUCGCGCGCCGCCGCACGGGUCCAGCAGCAACGGCGCCAAGUCUCGAUCCACGACCCUUCAUUAUCAGAACCGCAGCUGCCCGUAUGGCCCGUCGCCUCCGGGCUUUCAAUAUCGCUGGGCUAUGUCGUCGGCGGCAUCAUACCCCUCUUCCCCUACUUCUUCGCCGCGACGGUUGGGCUGGCCCUGCGGUGGAGCAUCGGCCUAUGCCUGGUGGCCCUGAUGGCCUUUGGCUCCGGCAAGAGCUGGGUUCUGCGAGGGGAGGACCGUAGCUGGCGGCGGUGCCUGUUGGAAGGGUCGCAAAUGCUGGUGCUGGGCAGUCUAGCGGCCGGUGCGGCCGUCUUGUGCGUCAAUCUGGUCGGUAGUUCCGGAGAGCCUUCGAGCUGA